UAGUCAAGGAAAUAUGAUAUUUAAUUAAUCAACAAAAGGUCCUGAUUGAUGGGAUGUGCCAAGUACACAUGUAUGACAAACAAGGGCAUUAAAAAUAGUUAAUACAUGACAGAGUUAAGUAAACAGACUAAGGCCGCGUUUUCACUAGGUUUCCUAACUAGCUAACUAGUUAAGCUCGGACAUACAAAUCCUUACUCAAAAAUAGAAGUACUGAUUCAAUUAUCUGCUUGCGUAAUAAGUUAGAAAGGGAAAAAUCGUCUGUAGGUCAUAGACGAAUCACUGGUUAUAAAAGUCGUGACAAUUAUAAUCUGCCUUCAAUGACAGCCGGUCGGAAUCGCUUAAGCCCUGGCAGGAUACUAUAGGAGAAAGUUUCCCCUGCACUUUUAGAUAUAGCGGUAGUCUUGCAUGAGUCACAGUUAUUCUGGUUCUGAACUUGGAAAGCGUUUGCAUCGAAUGCAGCAACAAGAAGCAACUAAAUUCAAAGAAACCCUACUCAUUAAUGGUCAAGAAUCCAGGAUCUAUACCAAGUGAAAGGCUGUCGGAGAAAAAUCAAGCCGCGUACUGAACUUCGUAGACGCAAAUUUAAACAAGAUGUGAUUUUUUCCCCAGAUUAUUGAACUCUACGACUGAGGGCGUUUGAUUGUAGCGACUUUUUUGUAAAUUAAAUUAGCAGAGGAAAAGGGUGCUACAAUUCCAAUAUGUACUUCUUCAUGGAGGAUCAUUGUUUAAACUCCACCGUGCCAACUACUCUUUCAUUCGCGACCGCCGGCGUGACGACUUUUCUUUGCCUUAUCACUGUACCAGGGAAUCUUCUGGUGGUACUUGCCGUCUUUAUAGAUCCAAAUAAAGAACUCCGAUCGCCGUUCAACUAUUUUGUAGCUAACCUUGCUAUGGCUGACCUUCUAGUUGGGAUCGUGACGGAACCGGUGGCCGUGAUUUAUCACAUUCAGGAAGGCAUGGGGCUGAGAGACGCGCGAUCGCCAGAAAUCCACAUGCCAUUCUUUAUCUCCUGUACGGCGUCGAUUCUUAGCCUACUAACGUUGACUUUAGAUCGUUACGUUGCUAUUACAUCACCCUUUAAGUACAAAACCCUCCUGAAUCCCGGAAGAGCGGCCAUCUUGUGUGGCGGAGUGUGGAUCGUAUCCUUAGCAUUUCCAUUCCUGUACUUCCACAUUGGAUAUAUACCAUAUGCAUUCCUAUUCGCUAAUACUGCGAUACUACUGACAUUCCUAGUGCUGUUAUUUGCGUAUAUUCGGAUUUAUAAGAUCUUUCGAGCUCAAGUAAAAGCAUGGGAGAACCUGCAYGCUGGAACGGAGGAGAAUCGCCGCAAGAAACAAGCAGUUCGCUGGGAACAAAAGAUCACCAAGACCUUCCUCAUAAUGCUGUCACUAUUUGUGUUGUGUUACAUGAGCGCAUGCGUAUUCAUCUACUUGCUGAACUUGUGUGACGUGUGUAGCUGUCUUGUCAUCGUGGUGUCACGCAAUCUUCAAUUCCUGUUGAUUUUGUCUAAUUCGUGCAUGAAUCCUUUUGUCUAUUCGUGGCGGUUACGUAACUAUCGAAGAGCUUUUCUCUAYAUCAUCACAUGYGGACGGRARGGGAUAAGUGAAGCGGCCAAGCUGCGYGAAAUAGAGCUUAGAAGCUUUAGAAAGUCGUCGCUGAAGGGAUCUAGUCUAAGAGAAAGGCGUGAAAGUAUCCGACCUAAACUUGCCAAUCUAACUUUGUAAAGGAACUCAAACUAAAUGUGUCAGUGACCUUUGGUUCGCAUAACAUUAUGGGAGRUGUAKUCCUUACGUCACGAUUGACCAGUCCAACAUAUAUGGUAAUAUGAUGUGCAGUGCGUCAUAAGAAAUGUAACUGUAUGCAAGAAAUUUAAACAAAGGCAAAUGGUGACUUUGCGUCUCUGACCAAAUAUAAAGUCUAAAUGGCUCGCAAGGCAUCAUGGGAGAUGUAGUCGUUAAAGCAAGUGGCGACCUUUCUUAAUAGUAUGAAACUGAUUGCUAACAAGACAAUAUGAAAGGCCUUACCACUGACAACGAUUUGAUAGCGUCGAAAAUGCCAUUCAGCACUGCAUCAUUGUAGCUGUAGUAAACCGUUUUAUUUUAAAUCCGAGGAAUGACACUAAACCUCUGCAAUCUUUCUUUUGGUUGACGAGGUUGGAUGUCAUCAAAUCUUGGUACCACGUUUCCAGACUUUUAGAGUAAUAGGAUUGCGAUUGUAUUUGCCAAUCAUAUAUGCAUUUAUACAAUUUUCAAAUUUCCUACUUUCACAUCCCCAUAAUACUUUGCGUCUUUGGGGGGUAACCAGAGGGUAAAAACCCACUUAUUUUGCUGAAGGCUGAUCAGACAAUGUUGAAAAUACCUUGU